CCCAAUGAGUGCGGAUGAGAACUAAUUUUCGAUUUCGAAGGAUCUAAUUUUCGAGCGCGGGAAAAAAAUUUGAAUUUGAAAUUUCCGUUACAAUUAUUUGUUUACAUUUUGCAUUUAAAUUACUUCUUGAAAAAAGAAUCUUCAUGGGAACUUUCAGUAGAAGUUCAAUGCGUUUUAAUGUGUCUAGAAUUCAUUUAUAGGCUAUUAAAUUGUCUUAUUUCAUGUUCUGAUCCUUCAUUUAAUCAACAAUUUAUUGAUACAGUAAUUGCCCAAGUUGAAGUAGUUUUUGAACAUUGUGAAGAAACGAUUGAUAAACUAUUAAAAGCUUUUGUUAAAUUUAGAGCAAAAUUUCAGUGUCCGUGUUGAUUACUACAUAACAGAAACAAAUUUGCAUCAAAAAACAAUUGAAAUAAAUUUGUUUCUUAAUUAAGUCGUUAACGUAUUUUUAUUUUUCAAAAUUUCAUAUUUUCGAAUUUUAUCGAUUUUUUUUUGAAUUUUUUCGAAAUUAACCAAAAUUAACUGACAUUUUCUUUGUUCGCACUCAUUGGAUUUUUCCUAAACCUUUUUCCUCUUUUCUGACUUCUGGACCUCAUUAAAUGCCACUGACUGCUCUAUAUUGAUGUAUCAAACUAUACCAAAGCUUUGGACAGUCAUGAUCUGAACAACAUUAGAGGUUAGCUGUAGAUUCAAGAUUAGCAUCUACAUCCGUAAAGAAUUAAUUUUUUGACAUCUAAAUAUUCUAUUCUAUCCAUCACCUUCAUGUCAUGUCCAAUAGAGGCACGAAAAUAGGACACAGAACAAAAAUACUUAAACUAUGUCUGAUUAAGAUCAGGUUAAAUGACAAAAUUUGUUUAUAAUAGUAAAUAUUUAAUUGAAUCAAGGAAAAGGCAAUAAUGGCAGGCAGCAUAAAGCAUGAAUUGCUUCUAAAAAUCUCUCUUACUUAUUUUUUUUUCUCUUUUCUGUAAAGUUGUGUACGAGAAGAAUAUUUUUUUUUGUUGCUAGUUAUUCUCACAAUAUCGCAUUGUUAGGGAGCUCAUUAAACUAUUAAGGGUUGCGAUUCAGUCUGUUACCGCCAUUCAAUAGCUGCACAUCGGAGUCAUUUAUAAAAUAAUAUUUUUAUAACUUAGUUCUAUUCUAAUAUUAAUUUUUGAGCCUACAACAAGCUAGUGAACUAGCGAAAAAAUAAUAAAAUUAAAAAAUCAUGAAAGAAAAAGUUCAGAAAUUUUUGAGCAAAAAAAUCAAUUGUGACUUUGAGCACGACUCGCCAAAAGAUUUCGUAAUUUCACAAUGGCAAAGUCGGGAACGAUGUGUAGUUUAUUUAAUAUAUCGAUGGCUCCUAGCUGCAUUUUAUGUGUUAAGUGUAAUGAUAUCAAUAGUCACCGCAUUUUUACGUGGCGAUUUUAAAGUUUAUUUUAUUUAUUUAACAAACUUAAACUUAGUGGCUACGAUGAUAGCGACAUUACUAGGUGCCUAUAUAUCAACGCAAUUCUACAGAAACAGAUAUGAGAUAACAAAUAAAAUGACACCAACAUUAAAGUUUUAUUGGUUCCUCUCUAUUUGUACUACUAUGUACGCGAUAUUAAUAUCCUUUAUAUACUGGGCUGUUUUAUAUCAUCAGGAUAAUAAUAAACUGGAUUUAAAUAAUGUAAUAGUUCACAUCACCAAUUCCUGUAUAUUAAUUAUCGACAUUUUCGUUAUUAAACAUCGAGCGAGAUUUUCACAUUUUGUCUGGCCUGUGUUUUGUGGCUGUGCCUAUUUACUCAUUUUUACAUGGCUAUAUCCAUUUUUCGGCGGCGUCAAUAGACGUGGACAGAACUAUAUUUAUCCAAUUUUAAAUUGGAACGCAAAGCCUGGAUCAUCGUUAAUAGCUGCUUUUGGAGUUUUAUUCUUAGGCGCACUUAUACAUUCCAUAUUAGUGUGUAUUCAUCGGAUAAGAGGCAAGAUCCAUAAGAGAUUUUAUGGAAAGUAUCAUACUGUCUCGAACAGCAGUACGAAGAAUAAUUUAAGAGAAAUGGAGGCUCAAGAACAACAAACGAAUGUCUACGAAAAUAAUUGCAUCUAAAUACUCACUUAUUAAUCAGAUAUUCCAAAGUAUUCUUCAGUGCUUCGAAAGUACGCAAAUUUUCUGGCUGUUCCAUUUUUCGGUCUGCAGCACUUCUAGUGAAUUCUUUAAUCAACUUUCCAUUUUUCUCAUAAUAGUGUAUUAAGUUCGUGCUUUUUCUUAAUUUAAUUUCUUUUAAAGGACAGAAUCCCUUACAAGUUCCAAUAAUGUAAUUAUUCUCUGUCAUUUUAUAGUGAUCCGCAAACAUUUGAUCAAUUAUAGCAUUUUAUAUGAUUACUUGUUGUAGAUAUAGUAUUAUUUUAAUCAGUUUAUGUCAAUUUCCUAUUAAAUUUUAAGUUAUUUUAAUUUACAAAAAUCUUUGUUUUGAACUUGCAAGUUAAGAGAACUUUGAUUUUUUUUGGUAAUUUCUUUAAAACAUUACUGACUGAGAUUAGCUGAAGUUAAUUGUUUGAGGAAGAUGUUAACUUUUAAAAUCAAUAGUUGAAGUCUGACUGACUAUCUGAAUCAGAUCAAUUUAAUAUUAGUUCUUAAAAUUGUACCAAAAAAUAUUGGGUUUUCUUGCCUUUGCAAUUUUCGAACUUGUUCGAUUGUGAAAACAUUUGAAUUUUAAGAAAACCGUUGAUUUAAUGAAAUUUUUAUUUCCAGCAUUAAAAGACUGCAUCUAUGCUAAUAUUAGCCAAAUUGAUGAAAUUAAACUAUUAAAAUAAUUAUUUAUUGGAAUAAAGAUAUAAAAACAUAUUAAGUUCGUAAAUGCUGAAACAUCCAUUUAACAGAAAUCUCCUAGCAUUAUUUCUCGGUUCAUGAACAUUUUCUUAUAAUUUGGAAGCUUUUUAUUAUAAUACAAAUAGUGAAAGUUAGUAUAAGAACAUGAUGUCACCAACAUAUAUAAUACUAUUAAGUCAUGAUUUACAUGGAAAUUUUUGGAUUAUUUAAAUGUUCUUCGAUUUUUGAUAAAAGGACUGCAAAUAGAAAAAUAAAAUUAAUAGAUUUUUAAUAGUGACUGAAUCAAUGCUCUCUUACCUCGUGUGUCGUUUGACACAAAUGUUCAAAAUUCGUUCUUCCUGUUUCUUUCAGCAAAUUAUAAAAUAUUCUUGGUUCAUUUAUUUUUGAUAAAAGCUCACGUGGCGUACCAAAUUCAACACAUCUUCCUGCAUCCAUCACUAAUAUCCUAUCAGAGUCAAUGACUGUAUUAAGUCGAUGAGCAAUUGUAAGUACCGUGCAUUCUGCAAAUUUCAGACGAAUAGUCUUUUGAAUUAAGCCAUCAGUUUGUGGAUCGACAUUUGCAGUUGCUUCGUCCAUAACAAGAAUUUUAUUUUCACGUAGAAUUGCUCGUGCAAGGCACACAAGUUGACGUUGACCGACUGAAAAGUUGGUUCCACCUUCAGUAAUUUUUGUAUUUAAUCCUGAUGGCAUCUCCUUAAUUAAUUCCUUCAAUUUCACUUCUUCAAGUGCCAUCCACAAUUUAUCAUCAUUAUAUUCAUCAAAUGGAUCUAAAUUGUAUCUCAUUGUGCCUGAAAACAGUACUGGUUCUUGCGGAAUUAUCGAUAUUUUUGAUCUCAAGUCAUGCAAGCCCAUUUCUUGUGUUUCUCUUAAAUCAAUGUAAAUUGAACCGUCUAAAUAUGAAAGACGGAAUAAGGCAUUAAUUAUUGAACUCUUUCCAGCACCAGUUCUUCCAACAAUUCCAAUUUUCUCAUUUGCACGAAUUUCAAAUUCUAGAUCUUUAAGCACCUUAUCUUCCAUUGAUGGAUAAUAGCUUAAUGACAGCUUAUCAAACUUUAUUACUCCACUUUUUGGCCAAUCUUUUGGUGGCUUCUUAUUUUCUGGAGAUUCAUGUGGUGGUUCUGGAUCUACACUUUGAUACUCGACGACACGCUCGACAGCUGUCAUCAUAUUUUCUAAUAAAGCAGAUUGUCGCAUGCCGAGUUGUACAAUUCCAGUCAAUCCUAAAGCUUGGGUUAUUGCCAAUCCAACAUGACCGCUGUCACUGUUUUCAGUGAAUAGAAAGCUAAUGAUGACUAUAGCGAUAUAGACGAAGCAACAGAUAUCUAGUACAAACGCAAAAGCUCGAGUCAUUGCGAGCCAUAUGUAAUGUGAUGAGGUAUUUAUGUCCAUGUGCUGAUAAAAUUCUUCCUUCAUAUUAUUUUCAGUUUUAAAGGCACGAAUUGUUGACAGACCAUUCAAUGUCUCACUCAAGUAUGAAAAAACUGACGAAGAUGCUGAAAAUAUAAGGCAUAAGAAAAUGAUGAAGGAUAGAAAAAAUGUCACCAACUUACUUGUUGAAUUUAAUCUCUUGAUGUCUAGUGAUAAUUUGAUAUAAACCUUACGGAUCAUGUAAAAGAUCGUGAAGAGUAUAAAUGUUGGAAUUAGAUAAUACUGAUUGACAGCAAUAAGAACACCAAUAGUACCAAGCAAAGAGAAAAUAAGUUGGAAGAAGUCAAUCAUUGUCAUCGGAAGUGUUUCGUCAAUUUGUCCCAUAUCCUUGCUAAAUCUAUUAAGAAUUCGACCUGAUGGAUUAUUGUGAAAGAAAAACAUUGUUGCUCUUGUAAUUCCUGAGUACAUUGCAUCAUGUAGUUGACGAGAGGCACGCAUUGCUACAUUAAAAAAUAAGAAGCUUCUUCCCAAUGUCAGCAACACUGUUGUUAUUAUUAAUCCACUAUAAAUGUAGAUAUCAAUGUUACGAUCAUAAUCCCCAGUUCCAAUAAUGGAACUGACUAAAGUCUGUGCUAAAGUAGUCUUAUUUAUAGCAGUAUCAAUUUGAAUAUUCCUUGAAGAUUCUUUCGAAACCCAAUAAGAAAGGAAAUAAUCACUUAUGGAUGCUAUCACUUGUGCUAAAGCAAAAAAGGACAUGAUGAACGUGAUGAUAACAUAACCACCUGUUGCUUGAAAAUAUUUUCCAUAAACCUUCCAUUCAAUUGAACCUUCUGCACGUUUUUCUUUCAUGUCCAUAUUCUUUUUAUCCUCUUUUUCGUCUCCUUGAUCUGACUUUUUACUGAAUGUACUUUCUUGUUUUUGAAAGAGUCUUUUAUUCUCAGGAAUAUCUCCACACUCGGAAUCAUCAUUUUUAGUAUUUUCUUGUUCAGGUAAAAGAUUCGUAAAAUCAAGACCGGAAUUUUUAAGAUUCUCAUAAGUUCCAAUAGCUUGAGUCUUUCCAUCUUCUAGCAGAAUAAUUUGAUCAACUCUUUCAAGGUACUGCAAUUGAUGUGUAACUAGAAUGACAAGCUUAUCUUUUAGGAAGUUCUUUAUACAGUUAUCGAACAAAUGCCGACCAACAUGCGAAUCUAAAGCACUAAGUGGAUCAUCGAGCAGAUAAAUAUCAGCUUGUCUAUAAAUGGCACGUGCUAAAUUAAUUCGUGCUUUUUGUCCACCUGAUAAGCUCAUGCCUCGUUCACCGACAAUUGUUUUAUCACCUUCAGGCCAAAUUUCAAAAUCUCGUGUCAAUGAACAGACUUUAACAAUUUCUCGGUACCUAAUCUUGUCCAUUGGAAGUCCAAAAAGAAUGUUUUGUCUUACAGAACCCAAGAAAAGCCAUGUCUCUUGAGCUGCAUAAGAAACUUUCCCAUUUACUUCGAUUUUGCCUUUUGUAAUUGGCAAUUCACCCAAAAUUGUCUGAAGUACACUUGAUUUCCCAGAUCCAACUUUCCCAAUAAAUGUAUUAACUGAUGGUGCUUUAAAAUUAAGAUUAAUUCCUGAUAAUGUAAAGUCAUCAGAUUCUCGGUUCCAUUUUGCAGAAACAUUUUCUAUUAAGACAGUUGUCUUAGUUCCUGUAUCGAUUCUAUUCAAGUUGCUAUCCUCUUCAUCAUUAAUGAAAAGUAAGCUUUCUAUCCUUUUUACAGCAACAUGACAUUCAGCAAUAUUAUUAAUUGCAAGUGGAUACAUGAUGACCAUAGUCUGUCUAAGUACGUUGUAAUAAGCAGUAACAACGAAAGCUUUUUGUGCUGUAAGUACAUUUUGAAGUAAGACAUACAUGAUUAAACUUGUGAAUAUGGAAAUUCGUGAUGAGAACACCAUAAGAGAUAAUGUGAUGCCUUUAAUCCAUGAAACAAAUCGAAUCAUAUGAAUUUCCUUUAGUCGAGUUGCAGCAACAACUGCUCUCAUCGGCUUUUCCCAUGCAUACAUCUUUAUUACAUGAAUUCCUUGAAUUAUCU